AAAAAACACCUUUGAGACAACUAUGACCUGGAUGACCGAGAAUCUGAAACAGACAUUCAACCUACUAAAGCUAAAUAGGGCUGUUUUAUAUCUAGCUCAGGUUUUGUUCCAUAUUGCAAGAAAGAUGGAGUAGAAAUGCAAUUCUGUAACAUAAAUAGCGAGCAGGCAAAGAUGUAACAGGGUCCAGUUCCCAGAUAUGUGGAUAUAUAGGACUUGAUAGCACGGGAAGUAGCCAUGUAGAAAUGCAGAAGCUAAACUUUGAAGAACAAUUGGAUUGCAAGAAAUUCAGCUGCGCAAAAGCACUCUACAUCUCAGACUCUGACAAAAGGAAACACUUCCGGCUAGCCCUGAAGCUUUUCUUCAGCAACGGGCAGGAGAUUGGCACAUUCCACAGCAAGCUGAUCAAAGUGAUCUCCAAGCCCUCACAGAAAAAGCAAUCCCUGAAGAACACAGACCUGUGCAUUUUAUCUGGGUCAAAGGUCUCUCUCUUCAACCGCCUGCGCUCGCAAACUGUCAGCACCCGCUACCUUUUUGUCGAGGAUGAUGCCUUCACCGCAAGUGCCCGGCAGUGGGCAGCCUUCACACUUCAUCUAGAUGAGUUCUGUUCUCAAUCCCAGGGUGAGUUUCCACUGCGGGAAGCCUACAUUCGGUAUGGUUCCAGAGUUCGGCUUAUCUGUACAACUACUGGGCUAGCACUGCCUCCUCUGAUCAUUCGCAAAGUUGCUAAGCAAUUGGUAAUGUUGGAUGUGGAUGAACCAGUUUCCCAGUUGCAUAAAUGUGCAUUCCAGUUUCAUGGGAGUGAUAGGAUGUACCUCUGCCUCUCAACAGAGAAAGUUAUCCAGUAUCAGGCAUCUCCCUGUCCCAAAGAAAUAAACCGAGAAUUGCUCAAUGACAGUUCCUGUUGGACCAUCAUUGGGACAGAAGCUGUGGAAUACUCAUUCAGCCUCAACCCAACCAGCAUCCAGAAUCCAAUAGGUCCUGUCCCUCUUAUAACAACUUUGGAGCUGACCGGUGGAGGGGAUGUGGCAAUGCUGGAAGUCCAAGGCAACUAUUUCCAUGCAAACAUGAAAAUUUGGUUUGGAGAUGUGGAAGCAGAGACUAUGUACAGGAAUUCCAAGUCAUUAGUGUGUGUUGUUCCUGAUAUCUCUGCAUUCAGGCCUGAUUGGAGAUGGUUGCGAUACCCAAUCACUGUCCCCCUUCUGCUACUAAGGAACGAUGGUCCGAUUUAUUCCAGUAUAUUCAGCUUCACAUAUACACCAGAACAGGGUUUUCUGUGUGGCCAACCCCUCCUGCCAGAAAUGGUGCAGGAUUCUGACACCUUGCUCAAUACCAUCCAUCAAGAAUUCACUAAGACAAAUUAUCAUCUUUUCAUGCAAAGUUAGAACUGGAACUGUAUGGUCACCGUUGUUUGGCUAGAGCAGAAAUUGUGGCAAAUACAUGGCUUUUCUAAAAUUAUGGAAUGUGGUUUUUCUAAAAUAGGAUCAUAUGAACAUUUUAUUUUUAAAUGGUGCUCUGUACACAUAUUAAAGCAUAAAGCUCUGUGCUUCAACACAAGAAGGACGGGAAUUACUUAACAGCAAUGCAUUGCUUUAGUAGGGAACAAGAUUGCUGUUUUAGCCUAUAUUCCCUAUUUGCCAUCUUGUAGAAUAUGAUUCUCAGUAGAAUAUACUAUUAAUAUAUAUUAUAUAAUUCUGUGAUUAUUUAAUAUAAUUGUAACUGCAUCAACAUAGGCAAACUCAUGUUGCAUAUUUAUCAAGUAUCUACUAAAACGCAGCAACAGCUAGCAAUUCUAGUGCUCAUGUUGCAGUGAUAGUUUUAAUGUAAAUGUGACAGUUGGUAAAAGGGCGUAUUCAAGCAUUUGCAAGGCUGGAGAUAAAAAAUAUCAGAACUGCUGUCACAAUUGCUUUUUUAAAAACUUCUUUAUUUUAUUUGCUUGUGUGGUUUUAUUUAUUGGAGAACCAAAAAAGAAUAUUUGUUGGGGAGUUGUAUGAGAAAACCUCCAAGGUCCCUUCCAACUCUCUUAUUCCAACAAGAGACACGGUGGAGCAAUGGUCUGAAUGUAGUAUCGCAGGCUAAUUCUGC